GGGGCACAGCGGGAAGGCAGACACCAUCUCCCGUUCUCUCUUCUUCCGGUCCUCUGUACCGAUUCAUAUUUACUACGAUUCUUCUCGUUUUCUCUUCCUGUCUCCGGUUCCGAGAGCGGCUCCAACUCCUCUGUCUGCGUUGCGAUCUACCGAUUCCGAUUCUCAUUAUGGCUCCACCUCCUGAAGUACCAACCAAGGCUUCUGGCCUGCAAAUUUCUCAUCCACCACUCAAUGAGAGAAUACUUUCAUCCAUGUCUAGAAGGUCUGUUGCAGCACAUCCUUGGCAUGAUCUUGAAAUAGGCCCUGGUGCGCCUACAAUAUUCAACUGUGUGGUGGAAAUAGGAAAGGGAAGCAAAGUGAAAUAUGAACUUGACAAGAAAACUGGGUUGAUAAAGGUAGACCGAGUGCUUUACUCAUCUGUGGUGUAUCCUCAUAACUAUGGUUUCAUCCCACGCACUCUUUGUGAAGAUAAUGAUCCUUUGGAUGUAUUGGUUAUCAUGCAGGAACCAGUACUCCCAGGAUGCUUUCUUCGAGCUAAAGCCAUUGGUCUAAUGCCUAUGAUCGAUCAGGGGGAGAAAGAUGACAAGAUAAUUGCCGUCUGUGCUGAUGAUCCUGAAUACAAGCAUUACAAUGAUAUCAAAGAGCUCCCACCUCAUCGUUUAGCUGAGAUCAGGCGUUUCUUUGAAGACUAUAAGAAAAAUGAAAACAAGGACGUUGCUGUAAAUGACUUCCUGCCUGCAUCUUCAGCUUACAAAGCAAUACAGCAUUCCAUGGACCUUUAUGCUACUUACAUUGUUGAAAGCUUGAGGAGGUAGGAGGCAUUUGGAGGGGCGAUUAUAUAUAUAUAUAUAUAUAUAUAUAUAUAUAUAUAUAUAUAUAUAUCUAGGAGGACCAUUCAAACAGUUCUUUGUUGAUGCUUGUUACAUGACACUUUGCCAAUGAGGGUAUAUCAAAGUGGACACUGUUACAACGAAAGUGCUAGUUGUUUAAUGUAAUUGCAAGCCUGGUUACUUUAUUAAUCGCAUAGGAAGUUGCUUGCUUAUUCAUGUGAUUGUAUAGACUAGACUGGAAGUUGCUUGUUCAUGUGAUUGUAAACACUUGGUGUCUAUUUUUCUCCUAUUAUCAAAAGCCAAACAGUGUACUGCAUCUCUGGUGAUCUUUGCAAAAUAUGAUAACCUGUUUGUUUUGGAAAA